AUGGAUCGUACUUGGAUGUACGAUAGAGUAUAUUCCAAUAGACACGGAUUGAAAGAAGAGUAUGUUCGCGGGGUUAAAGACUUCGUAAAGAGGGCUUUGAAACAACCUAUUUGUAAAUCUGAGGGAGGGAUAAGGUGUCCGUGUAUAAAUUGCAAGUGUCUCAAGAUAAGAACACCAACUAAUGUUAGACUUCACUUGUAUCGAGAUGGAUUUCAACCAGACUAUUGGAUUUGGACUCAACAUGGAGAAGUAGAGCUCAAUGUUAAUACAAGGAAUGAUUCAAAUAGUAGUGAGCAUGUGCAUCAUGAUGACCAAAUUGAGGCAAUGAAUCAGAUGGUGUAUGAUGCUUUUAGGCCUUAUGGAGUAUUCUCUCACGUGAAUGAUAACAUAGAAGUUGAGGAAUAUACGGAGGAUGAGUUUCCCAACGAAGAUGCCAAACGAUUUUAUGACAAGUUGAUAUCUUUCAACAAGCCCAUUUAUGAGGGAGCUACCCAAUCAAUAUUAUCAAUAUCUACUCAACUUCUUGAAAUUAGGUCUAAUUGGCAUGUACCACAAAAAGGUUUAGAUUUUGUUGCACAAAUGCUUAAACGUGUAUGUCCAGUUCAAAAAUGCUUGCCCGAUAACUAUUACCAAGCAACACAGUUGGUAUCUAAGUUAGGGCUAAAGGUUGAGAAGAUUGAUUGUUGUAAGAAUGGUUGUAUGUUAUAUUACAAGGAUGAUAGCAAUCUAUCAGAGUGCAAAUUUUGUAAUGCUCCUAGGUUCAUUCCUCGCAAGACUGGCAUGGGAAAGUACAAAGAUAUCCCAGUGAAGAGAAUGUUCUACUUCCCAAUCAUUCCCAGAUUACAAAGAUUGUAUGCAUCAACUGAGUCGGCAAGUGAAAUGAGAUGGCAUCACAUGAACAAAAUAGUUCCAACAUCCUUCGCCACCCGUCAGAUGGAAAAGCAUGGAAACAUUUUGAUAGUGUAUAUCCUGACUUUUCUAGGGAACCCAGAAAUGUAA